CUCUCAGUUCCUUUUGCCUCUGUUUAAUCCUUAUUUUUUAUUUUAUCAAUAUGGCUUCCUAACUCAGGUGAUGUUACUUCUCUUCCACCAGCUGUACAAUAUUUUCCCCUGGAUUAUGCAUCAUGUUCCAGGAUCUCAUCAGAAGGGAUUUUCCUCCUGUGACUUUGUUCGGUCAUUCAUAAGAGAGGAGAUCAAGAAGCACCAAGAAGCAGAGCAUCAAGAAAAAGAACAAGACUUCAUUCAUUUUUACCUGGCUGAAAUAGAGAAAACGAAAGACCAACCCAAGUCACCCUAUGAUGAAAAGAACAUGGUUCAGAGCAUCUUUGAUCUCUUCGUGGGGGGAACAGAGACGGCAGGCACCACUCUCUUCUGGGGAUUGUUAUAUAUGGUGCUUUAUCCUGACAUUCAAGCCAAAGUUCAACAAGAGAUAGAUGUACUCAUAACACCAGGCCAGUCAGUCUGUUAUGAGGAUCGCAAGAAACUUCCGUACACGAAUGCUGUGGUGCACGAAAUCCAGCGCUUUAGCAACAUCGUUUCGAUUGGACUGCCUAGAUACUGCAUAAGAGACACAAAGAUCCAGAAUUUUCUCAUUAGAAAGGGUACCACCGUCUUCCCGAACAUGGCUUCGGCCUUGUAUGACUCCAACGAAUGGGAGAUGCCCCUCACGUUCAACCCAAACCAUUUCCUUGACAAGGACGGGAAUUUCACCUGCCGAGAAGCUUUCAUCCCAUUUUCUCUAGGUCAUCGAGUAUGUUUGGGAGAAAAUUUGGCCAAAACAGAGCUCUUCCUGUUCUUUAGCAACCUUAUGCAAACAUUCAAAUUCCACUUGCCCGACGGAUCAAAAGAUAUAAAACUUGACCCGGUUUGGGGAGGCAUUCUGAAGCCCCGUCCCUUUGACCUCUGUGCAAUUCCUCGGUAGGCCCCUAUGUCAGGCAUGUUGAGGGGUGCUUCUCCUCGCCUGGCCUCUCAUGACAGUGGGGAUGCUGCAAUGGUUGUAA